AUGUCUCAACUUAUUCGGAAACUUACUUCAUGUACUAUUUUAGCAAUCAAUCGCUCAUCAAGUGGAACUCUACGGACAGUAUUACCUGUUCAUGUUCGUACUGUAUUCUCAAAUUCAGCUAUUGGUCUUGAUAAUUUUCAAUUAGCUCGUGAACAACAUGUUUCACGUCAUGCUCAAUCCAUUGUUAGUUUCAAAAAACGCUUUCUUGAUUCGGUUAAUAAACCUGAUGCACAAAUAUUCACAGAAGAUUUACGUAAUAUGAUUAUGUCAGCUGAUAGUGAUGAAGAAAUUGAUGCAGUUAUUGAAGCAUUAAAAAAAUAUAAUUCUAAUAAACUUAAAUUUACUGAUUAUCAUUUUGGUUCACCUAUUAUGCGUUUAUUAUAUAUUCAAAAUAAACCAGAAUUGGCAAUGAAACUUUUUAUGGAUGAAAAUUUAAAAAAUAUAUUUAAUGAUUCCGGAUCAGCUCUUAUACUUUUAAAUAAAUUAGUUGAAGAUAAACGUUAUGAUGAUGCUAUUAAAAUAUUUGAAUAUGGAAUGCAACGUGGUUUUUCCACUACAAGUGGUCGUACAUAUCCAACAGAUGCUGUUACAUUAGCUAUUGAAGCAUUAUAUCGACAAAAUUCUAAACAAUCAUUAGCAAAAGCUAAAGAAUUGAUGACUAAAAUAAUUGAACAUGAUGCAGAUAUAAAUCCACGUACAGCUGUUAUGAUGGCUCUAUUAGCAAUUCAACAUGAUGAAUCUUCAUUUGCUAUGGAAAUUAUUGGUGCUGUUCGGACACAAGGUUUAACUACAAUACAAAACAUUCGAGCGAUAUGUUAUGCAGAAAUGGGACGAGCAGAAGAAGCUAUAAAUGUUGUUCAUUUACUUGCUGAUCAACCACCAAUUGAUAAUGAUCAUCGUCGAGUAUUUCCACUUGUGUUACAACACAUUAAAAAAGCUGUAGAAAAAUCUAACGAUGAAGAUCUUAAAACACGUUUUGAAGAUUUAUCAAAAUUUGUUUCACAAAAUAAUCGUUUAUCAACAAUAGAUCUAUCAGAUUUUCUCAAUGAACCGAUUUCUCGUCGUUAUGCAAUAGCCACUGGUCGAUUAGGUGGACAACAAGUUUCUGACGGUAGUUUUCAAUCAACUGCUCAGCGUGAUAUUGGUUUUCGAGGAGGUUUCAAUCAAAAAUCAAAUAAUUUAAGACAAGAUACUGGUGGUAAUAGUUAUAUUCGAAGCAAUAGAUAUCAAGCUAGUCGAUUUGGUGGUGACACUUAUACUAGCAAUGAACGACGUUCACAAAAUUCAUUUAAUGAGAAUGAACGAUUAUUAAAUCGUAAUAAAAACUCAUCGUUCAAUGAAAAUUUUCGUCAAGAAAAUUUUAUUCAACAAACAAAUCAAUCAUCAUCACGUUCACGUGAACGAGAAAAAGAACAAAAUAUUUCACGUCGUAGUGGAACAAAAGUUGGUACAAUGGAAACUACAUCAACAUCACCUAUUCCACAAUAUUCAACACGAACUAAUACAGAUACUACAAAACAAUCAAAACGAAACCGUAAUGUAGAUAAGAAUGACAAUAAAGUAUCAUCAUCUACUGGUUAA